AUGCUCCUCCAACUUCAUUUUUUAUAAUAAUUAAUAAAAUAAACAAAAUAAAAAAAAAAAAGUACAAAAAAAAACCUAAAAUCUUAAAAAAGAAAAUAAAGAUUAGGAUUUUUCUUUCGAUCAACAAAGGAAAGCAAAAGGCCAAUCUCAAAUCCACAUAAAAAGAUUCGAUGUAUUCUACUGAAAUCACUUGAACCUUCUUCUAAGAAAACAAUCAAGAAUUAGUCUUCUUGGUUAAAAAAAAUGAUCAGAAAAACUUUAAAACUCUAUCUUUAAGAGAACCUUCCUUACAAAGAAGAAAUGCUUUUGAUACUCCAUACUAAGAUCUAUGAGAAAGGAAAUAAAUCUAUCAACUAGAGGUAUUCUCAUAUGGUCUUAAAUGAUAAUGAAAGGACUAAUGAUUGA